GUUUUUAUUGGCAGACCACUUUAGUCGCUAUGGUUCGCUCACACGGGCUCUCAAAAGGGUUUAUUGUGUCUGUCCGUCUGGAGGCGAAAUUUGUAUUCGAUUUCUCGAUUCCAAAAUUGAAUUAAGAAAACUUUGAAAAUGGCUGGGGGUAAGGCUGGAAAGGACAGCGGGAAAGCGAAGGCCAAAGCGGUGUCUCGUUCUCAGCGUGCCGGGCUGCAGUUCCCCGUGGGCCGUAUCCACAGACACUUGAAGACGCGCACCACGAGCCACGGCCGCGUCGGAGCCACGGCCGCCGUCUACAGUGCCGCCAUCCUGGAAUACCUGACCGCUGAGGUGCUGGAGUUGGCAGGGAACGCUUCCAAAGACCUGAAGGUGAAGCGUAUCACUCCACGCCAUUUGCAGCUGGCCAUCCGCGGGGACGAGGAGUUGGAUUCCCUCAUUAAGGCCACCAUCGCUGGAGGAGGUGUGAUCCCUCACAUCCACAAGUCCCUCAUCGGAAAGAAGGGUCAGCAGAAGACUGCGUAGAGGCCAGACCUGGAUUGCGUGGCUGAGUUCCUGUUCCUACAGCCAGAGAGAACUGACCAGGAGAUCCCAUUCUUUUGUAUUAUUUUAAAUUUUUUGUCUUUUUUUAUUGUAGGUAAAGAUGAGUGAUUGCUAGACUUGUUUGACUUUGCGUUGUAUUAUUAUAAAACAAAGCUAGGGGGGGGAGGGGUAAGCAACAACAAUUGUUAUUUUAGGUUGCUUAAAGACAUGCGUCAUGUUUUGAUCACAAAUUUGUUUGAUUGGUGAGGGUUUAAAAAGUGUUUUAUACUGAAAAAUGGAAUUGUUAAACCAUUUUUUAUAAACAAA